UAUUUUUUAGCCUUCAUCUUCGGAAGCCCUCUGUGAUUAAAACCCUAGACCCAUGAAAGCGGGUGAAUCUUCCUGCGAAAGCUUCGGCCUUUCUUUCAAAUUACCGCUAAACCCGACAGACACAUAUAAAACUCCGCGGUAAGAUACUGCAUAUUCAGUGUUAUCCUGCUUAGUUUUUCCUUUAUUAUAAUUUUUUAUGUAUAUUUCAUCACAGUAGUUAUGACCCAUUUGCAGAAACUCAAAACAGCAUCUAUUCUCAAAUGGGUUUCUUUAAAUUUAGUUGAAAACUUCAUUUCUAUAUCAAAGAGUCCAUUUUGGCCAUCUGGGUCUGUUUACAUUCGUCACAACCGUAGACUUUAUGGAACAAAAAGAGGAGCUGAGAAUGAAAAUAUUGAAAAUACAGUUAGAAUUUCACCAGCUAGUAGUGAUUGUAAUGAUGUUGUCAAACUAUCUUCUGCUGCUUGGAAGGCAGCUCAAGCGGCAUUGUUGGAAUAUUUGCACUUGACUAGGAAUUUACAGUUCUUGGAUGCUGAGAAUAUGAGCAAAAACUCACCGUAUUUUGUUGAAAAGCUGUUAAAACGUGUGGUUAAGGAGUUGGAUUUGAAGGAGAUUUUUUCUCGGUUUUUGCGGUAUCAUCCUAUUAAUGAAUUCGAGCCUUUCUUUGAGAGUAUGGGAUUGAAACCUAGUGAAUAUAGUCCUUUUCUUCCGCACAAUUUGAUGUUUUUGAGUGAUGAUGAUUUAUUGCUAGAGAACUAUUAUGUUUUGUGUAAUUAUGGCAUUGAGAGAAAAAAGUUAGGAAAGAUCUAUAAGGAGGCCCGGGACAUUUUUCAAUAUGAUUUUGGAGUGCUGUCAUCGAAGCUUCAAGCGUAUGAGAAACUGCAGCUUAGCAAGAGUUUUAUUGGUAAAGUUAUUGUCUGUAGUCCUUAUAUCUUGAUUGGGGAUGUAAAUAUGGAGUUUCUUAAGGUGUUAGAGACAUUGAAGAGUCUAGGAGUUAAAUUCUGUUUGAUUGAGGAGCUUUUGAUCGAACAGAAUUCAUAUAAUUGGACUACAAUGCUUAGGCUUUUAAGCCUAUUUAGCAAGAUGGAUUUUAGUGAGAAGCAGUUAGGUACAUUGAUCCGGCAACAUCCAGGACUGCUCUUAGAGGAUUCAGGGGAUGGAGCGCUUACUCUGAUUGGGCUUCUGUUAAAAUUUGGGUCUACUCUGGAUGAAAUUUGUUUGACAUUUCUUCAGUUCCCACAAAUUCCAGUGCGAAGAUUUUUCACAAAUUUGAAGGACUGCUUUCUGUUUUUUUUCGAUAUUGAAAUGCAGGUGGAUGAAAUUGGUAAGAUCUUCCGACAUCAUUUUUUGUUGCUGGGUACAUGUACAUUAAAGAGACCUAAUAGCAUUUUGCAGAUGUUGAAUGUUGGGAAAAAACGACUUUGUGAAUACAUCCAGGAGGAUCCUAACAAUCUGAAAAAUCUAGUUAGGGGUUCAAAAGUUGAGCGAUUACCUAGCUCACGAGAGAAAGAAAGAACUCUAAAGGUGAAGUUCCUGGAGGACGUUGGAUUAAUACAGAAUCCGAAUGAAGCGGAAAGAACAGUCAAGCUUUUUCGAGGCAGAGGAGAGGAGCUUCAGGAGAGAUUUGAUUGUAUUGUGAAGGCUGGCUUAGAUAGAGAGGAUGUCAUAGAAAUGAUUAGAGUGUCCCCUCAAAUUAUUAACCAGAAAAAGGAUGUCAUACAAGCAAAAAUUGAUUUUCUUGUGCAUGAUUUGGGUUAUCCCAUAUCAUCUUUACUGUCAUUCCCAUCAUAUCUAAACUAUACAAUGCAGAGGAACAAGCUUAGGUUAUCAAUGUAUAGUUGGCUUACAAAACAAGGGAAGGCAAAACCUUUGUUGGCCUUGAGUACUCUAAUUUCAUGCUCAAAUAACACAUUUAUGAAGCGGUAUGUAAAUCAGCAUCCGGAAGGCCCUCAAGUUUGGCAGGAUUUGAAGAAACAAUAUUUUUCUGAGCAGUAGAAGUAUGUUGUUGUAAUUUGUACUUCAUUGAGUGCUGACAUUUAUUGAUCCAAGUUGUUGCUGACAAGAUUCAAGAUUUUGUUGCUCUACAUUGAGAGAUUAACUGUUAUUCGACUAUGCAUAAAUGUUUAAUUAAUCGUCAAAAGUAGCUUGCGUAGAACGGUGAUAAAUGAAUAGUACUUGAAGAGUUUACUGAGAAUGUAAGAAGAGCUCAUCAAUUUAACAGCAGUAUUUAUUCUUUUA